AGAGCAAUCCAAUUUUGGUCUGUCUUCCCCAACUGUGGAUUACUGCCACGUUAUGGAAACCAAAUCCCCCAAAAAAAUGUCCUCUGAAUCACAAGUUGCAGAGGCGAGGAGCACAAGAAGGACUAAAAAUAGUAAGGUGAAUGAAGAAGAUCCAAGUUUAUAGGAGGUGACUCUGGCACGCCAUACACGCUUCUCCGUUUCUUUCAUGGAACAGUUAGCAUUGCAACAUGUCUUCUCGCCUUCUCCUUUGACAAUCAAAACUUGCCCUUCUUCGACUACAGGUGAUACCAGGGUUGUUAUUUACUGUGGAGGACCGGUGGGGGAUGCCCGGCACAUUUCGACGACAAUCUUAGUCGGGAAAUACACGGAUGGCUUCAGCCCCGCCGCCUGAUUCUCCCUCCUCUCCAACUUCACCUUCGUCGGAUGAUUCAUCACCACCACCACCAUCUUCGUCACCCCCUCCGUCGUCUUCGCCUCCACCAGCAUCUCCACCACCGCCUUCCAAAUCUUCACCACCUCCUGACUCCUCCACUCCUCCCCCGCCCAACUCCCAGUCCUCACCACCACCACCACCACCAAAUAAUUCAGAUUCUCCCCCUCCUCCAUCUUCCAAUUCUUCCCCACCUCCUCCUAAAGGCAACAACAAUAACAACAACAAUCCAUCACCGCCUCCACCAUCCAAGUCGUCCCGUCAUUCGCCACCACCGCCGCGAUCACUCUCACCUCCUUCACGUGGAUCGUCAUCAAAUUCUUCACCGUCAAAUAAUGGAGACAGUAAUGGAAGUUCAGUGAAUCAACCGGUUCUAAUUGGAGUCCUGGUCGGGGCAGGUGUGCUGUUCAUUCUUAUGGUGGUCUUGUGCUGCGUGUGCAGUAAAAAGAAAAAGAAGCCGCCCAAGCAUGACCAGAUUCCGUACUACAUGAAUCAAUCUCAUCAUCAUAAAGGUGGGGAUCAGUAUUAUAAUAACUGGCACAGCUCACCACACCAGCACCAUGACCAAUUUUCUGGUUUAACUCCACCUCCUGGUGCUGGCCAUGGAGGCUGGCAUAUGUCGCCUCCACCGCCACCACCAGGGCCGGUUAGUAGUGACAUGAGUUCCAAUUUCUCUGGAGCACACGGUCCGGUCUUGCCUCCACCACACCCAUCCGUGGCACUUGGGUUCAACCAGAGCAGCUUCAGCUACGACGAGUUAGCAGCUGCAACUGGGGGAUUUGCUCAGGCUAAUCUGUUGGGCCAGGGAGGGUUUGGAUAUGUACACAAAGGUGUAUUGCCAAAUGGGAAGGAAAUUGCAGUGAAGAGUCUGAAAUCGGGUAGUGGACAAGGAGAGCGAGAAUUUCAGGCUGAAGUUGAUAUUAUUAGCCGCGUUCAUCAUCGCCACCUUGUGUCCCUCGCUGGGUAUUGCAUUGCUGGAGGUCAAAGGAUGCUGGUUUAUGAAUUUGUUCCCAAUGGAACUCUUGAAUUCCACCUUCAUGGUAAGGGAGGCCAACCAAUGGACUGGUCUAGUAGAAUCAAGAUUGCCCUUGGAUCUGCCAAAGGACUUGCUUACUUGCAUGAAGACUGCCACCCUCGCAUCAUCCACAGGGACAUUAAGGCUUCAAACAUUCUCAUUGAUACAAGUUUUGAGGCAAAAGUGGCAGAUUUUGGGUUGGCUAAGCUAUCUUCAGACAACUUCACUCAUGUGUCAACUCGUGUCAUGGGAACGUUUGGGUACUUGGCUCCUGAGUAUGCUUCCAGUGGCAAGUUGACAGACAAAUCUGAUGUUUUCUCCUUCGGUGUCAUGCUUUUGGAACUAAUCACAGGACGACGCCCAGUUGAUCCCACUGGAGAGAUGGAGGAGAGCUUGGUGGACUGGGCAAGACCUUUAUGUUUGAGUGCAUUAGAGAACGGAAACUACAAUGAACUGGCAGAUCCUUUCAUGGAAGGGAAUUAUGCUGAACAUGAGAUGGCUCGUAUGGUGGCAUGUGCUGCUGCAUCCAUUAGGCAUUCCGCAAGGAGACGCCCAAAGAUGAGCCAGAUUGUACGUGCACUAGAAGGUGAUGUUCAACUAGAGGACUUGAAUGAAGGGAUGAAACCUGGCCAAAGCAACAUUUUCAGCAGCCCAACUACUGGCAGUUCUGACUAUGAGAAUAGCUCAUACAGCACGGACAUGAGGAAAUUCAGGAAGAUGGCACUGGAUAGCCAAGAGUAUGCAAGCAGCGAAUUAGGCCACACCGGUGAAUACGGGGUUAAGGCUUCAUCAUCAAGUGGUGAAAUGAACAAGAGUGGGGUUGCAAGCCGAAGGCAGAGUCCUUGAGCAAGCUCAAGCCUCCAGAAUGAGUACUGAUUACAGUUUCAUAUAUAUUUUCUGUGCAUUUAAGCAGAGAAUGGUAUUUCUUUGGUGGUAGUUAACAGGAUCAACGUAUGUGCUUCAAGAACAGCUAAGGAGAUGAAUUAUGCCAGUUUUUUAGGAGUGCUAGCUUGACCAAUGUCCACAGCAAAGGCAUUGGAAGAAAAGAUGAAGGCACGAUUUGUAACAUUACGGCUUUCUUGUUUUAAAAAAUGCAUGUUUCACUGAUGGAGUUGCUUGUUAACUUUGAUAUGUGGAGUGAAUCUGUUCAUCCUUAAUUAUAUUACUUAUUAUAUAUAAUUAUCAGGUUGUAUGUA